UCGUACCAUUUUGGAAUUCCUCGUACUACUCUUCUCUGUUGUUUAUUUUCCUUUCGCGAGCGGACCCAACAGAACGAGAAAUUCUUUGAUGGCCUCCGGACUGGAUCUGGAUCAUACGGGCAUGCCCUCUCCUGCAACACCUUGUAGUGUGUCUUUGGAAGUGGAGCACGAGAUCAUGGUAUCAGCUCUCAAGCACGUGAUCAGCGGCGGCGGCAUUGAUGAUGUGACCCGAGAGCUACAGCUUCAACUACUACUACCUGCAGCCUCCUCCCUGACUGCCACAUCAUCCUCGUUCCCUUCGACCAGCUGGACCAACUGUACCAACCGAAUGCUACCACUCUCCGACGGCGUCCCGUGCCCGGUUUGCAAUUCCAACGGCUGUUCGGGCUGCAAUUCGAACAUCCAUACGUCGGAGAAGAAGACGACAAAGAAGAAGAAGAAGGAGAAGAGGAACUACAGGGGAGUGAGGCUGAGGCCGUGGGGGAAAUGGGCAGCGGAGAUUCGGGACCCGAGGCGAGCAGUGAGGGUGUGGCUCGGCACGUUUGCGACGGCGGAGCAAGCCGCAAGGGCUUACGACAGAGCCGCCAUAGAAUUCCGGGGAACCAGAGCCAAGCUGAACUUCCCAGUGUCAGACUACAAUACAGAGAAAAGGCAAAGUGCAGAGCAUGAAGAAGCUCGCGAGCAGAAGCCAAACGUAGCGAACGAGUCGAAUAAAACGGAGACAACGAGCGAGACAGAGAUUAAUGCUGUCGGAGAGAGCAGCAUGGAAGAGGAGCUAUGGGAUUUGUUUACGGAGGACGAACUUAGAGGAAUAAUGAAUGAGCUUUGAUGACCAGACAAACAAUCAACUGGGCGGUUUGCUCAAAAAUAAACUGGGCGGAAACACGACGACGUUCCAGCUACUGUUGGAUAUGGAACUAAACUGUGACUGAUGAAUAAAAUUUAUCAAAAUAUGUACUUAGAACUUAAGGGUCGAAAUUAAAAAUGAGGGGAUUUUUUAGUCCCUCGGAAUUAAGAGUUGAAAAUUAGUGAAAACCGUAGUUUAAUAUUAAAUUUUACGGUUUUAAGUUUGGGAUUUAUAAUAAUAAUCAGUAGUGAAGGGAUGAGAA